AUGAGUUUGCUCAGUCUGGGCUACCUCGCCUGGGAUCCAAACAGUCCUAAUCAGGUGGAGAUUGACGAGGGAGUGGAGACUUUUGGAGACAGCUCUCCUUCAGCGGCGCAGCCUCCUCACAUCAUCUUCAUCAUGACCGACGAUCAGGGAUUUAAUGACAUUGGAUAUCACAGUUCAGACAUCAAAACUCCUACGUUGGACAAACUGGCUGCAUAUGGAGUUAAAUUGGAGAAUUACUACAUUCAACCCAUCUGCACCCCAUCCAGGAGCCAGUUCAUGACAGGGAGGUACCAAAUCCACACAGGUUUGCAGCACUCCAUCAUUCGGCCCCGGCAGCCAAACUGCCUGCCUCUGGACCAGGUCACUCUGCCACAGAGGCUGCAGGAGCUGGGCUAUGCCACACACAUGGUUGGGAAGUGGCACUUGGGCUUUUACAAAAAAGAAUGUCUGCCAACACGUCGUGGAUUUGAUACUUACUUAGGCUCCUUAACGGGGAGUGUAAACUACUAUACCUACAGCUCCUGUGACGGCCCUGACCUGUGUGGAUAUGACCUGCAUGAAGGAGAGACAGUAGCGUGGCGUCACAAAGGGAAAUACUCAACACACUUGUACACUCGGCGAGUACGCAAGAUCUUGGCAAAUCACGACCCAAAGGCCCAGCCAUUAUUUAUCUUCCUCUCCUUUCAGGCGGUGCACACUCCCCUGCAAUCACCUCAGGAGUACAUCGACCCAUAUAAGGACCUGGACAAUGUUGCACGCAGGAAGUACGCAGGUAUGGUCGCUGCUGUAGAUGAAGCAGUUCGAAAUAUCACAUAUGCCCUUCGCAAAUAUGGAUACUAUAAAAACAGUGUGCUCAUCUUCUCCACUGACAAUGGGGGCCAGCCUCUGUCUGGGGGCAACAACUGGCCUCUGCGAGGGCGCAAAGGUACAUAUUGGGAAGGGGGUAUCAGAGGUUUGGGCUUUGUGCACAGCCCUCUGCUCAGAAGGAGGAGGAGAGUGAGCAAUGCCCUGGUGCAUAUCACUGACUGGUAUCCAACCCUUGUGGCAUUAGCUGGUGGUAAUAGUUCCAUGACUGAAGGCUUAGAUGGGUUUGAUGUUUGGGAAGCCAUCAGUGAGGACAAAGAGUCUCCAAGAUAUGAAAUCCUACAUAAUAUUGACCCACUUUACAACCACGCUCGAAGUGGAUCAUUGCAGGAGGGCUAUGGCAUAUGGAAUACAGCUAUCCAGGCAUCUAUACGGGUUGGAGAUUGGAAACUUCUGACUGGAGACCCAGGGUAUGGAGACUGGAUUCCGCCUCAAAUUCUUCCUGGGUUUCCAAAUACUUGGUGGAGCCUUGAGCGACACCUUGAGCCAAAGAAAUCCAAAUGGCUGUUCAACAUAGCUACAGAUCCUUACGAGCGCCGCGAUUAUGCAGAUGAAAGACCGGAUAUUGUGUACGAACUUCUGGCCAGACUUGCAUUCUACAAUCGCACAGCGGUGCCAGUGAGGUACCCCUCGGAGGACCCGCGGGCCGACCCCAGCCUCAACGGAGGGGUAUGGCUGCCAUGGGUGGAGGAUGAAGAAGACGAGGAGUGGUAUGACAGCCGCCAGACAGAGCAAAGUGACUGGAGGAGGAAGCUUAAACUCUCCCAAAGCAUGUCAUUACUCAAGAGUCUUCAGUCCAAAUUGUUGUCCAAUUGGAUAUAA